ACAUCACUUACCACAGUCCUGUCACUUCCGUGUGACUCUAAUAAGACAAGGGUACGGUUGCAGUAGGGACUUGCUCUGAUGUAAGGCAAAAUUCACGGCCAGGUUUCCAAGGAAGGCUGUGUGGUCUCUUCCUGGCGGCCGCAGUAGAGGGGAUCAUGAGACACAGGCCACGUCAUCCCGUAGAGAGGGCCCAGGCUUUGAGAGAACUUAGACCUGGACCAGAGCCCAGCUUUGCGGCUCACACAGCUGGGUGGGAGCGGAACUCCGCCUUUUCAUUGCUGACCUUCAGUAAACAGUGGACGCUUACUGUGAGCUGGGCACCGUGUGGGCUCCAGGAUGUUGUGGGAAAGAAACUUUGCAAAUGUGAUGGGCCUAGUGCAUCCUGUCCUCACAAUAACCAGUGUCACCGUCCCUGAUUCCUUCUGCCUGGCUUGGCUUCUGCCCCGCCUUUUACUUCGAAAAUGUUCAAACCUACAAAGAAAUAGAAAAUGUCGUCCCUGCACUCUUCACCUGGACCCACGGACUCACCAUGGCGGCGCAUCGAGCAUAUCUUUGUCUCUAGAAACAUGCGUGGUGGAGCCUGGUGAGGGAAGGUCACAGCCGUCCUGACUCCCACCUGAAAUCCUGCAGAACUUGGUGAGCCUGGGCCAGGCGACGUGGGGGAAAACACAGCCUUCUCUAAAUCCGCUCUGCCUGUGAAGCCAGUGGAGAUAGAAAUUGAAACACCGGAGCAAGUGAAAGCAAGGGAAAGGAGUGAAAAGCUGAAAAUGGAAUUUGAGAUGCAUCUUCGGAGGCUGAUGAAACGUUUCAGUAAGGAGGUCCAUGAAGACACGCACAAGGUUCACCUUCUGUGUCUGCUGGCGAAUGGCUUCUAUCGGAACAGCAUCUGCAACCAGCCCGACCUGCGCGCCAUCGGCCUCUCCAUCACCCCCGUGCGCUUCACCGGAGUGCCGCCUCAGGAUGUGGACACGGGCUACCUGUCAAACCUGGUGAAAUGGUUCAUUGGAACAUUUACAAUUAACGAGGACCUUUCAGCCAAUGAACAAGAUGACCUGCAGACGACAUUGGAAAGGAGAUUUGCUAUUUACUCGGCAAAAAAUGCUGAAGAACUGGUCCAUAUAUUUUUACUGAUUCUCCGGGCCUUGCACCUCCCUACCCGACUGGUACUGUCUCUACAGCCAAUUCCCCUGAAGUUACCAGCAGCGAAGGGAAAGAAACCUUCCAAGGAGAGGGCCGCGGAGGGGCCGGGAGCCUCCUCAGAAACAUACAGCCACGUUCCAGGAAGGCAAACCAAAGCCACGAGCAGCAGAGGAAGCAGACAAGAGGACGCCCCUCCCAGGGGCCACGGCAGUCCGCGCGCCCGGGGGUCUGCAGCCGGGCAGAAGCGGGGCGCGCCCCCCGCCAGCGAGGAGAGGCCCCCGAGGCGUUCGCGGGGCCGGAAGCGGCGGGUGGCCUCCAGGGUGUCUUACAAGGAGGAGAGCGGGAGCGGUGGGGCCAGCAGCAGCUCUGACUUCGAGCUCUCCAGCGGGGACAGCCUGCUGCUCUCCGACGAGGACUCCGAGCCCAGCCGCCCGAGGCCAAGGAGGGCCCCGGCGCCUCCGAGGACAGAGCGGGGCUCCAGGAGGGACGUCAGGAGGGACUCCGAGCCCCCGCGGGGAAGCCGCCCGAAGCCCUCGGGCUCCCCAGCAGCGUCUGCGAGUGCGUCGGGCAGGAAGAGAGGGAAAGGCAAGAAGGCCAGCCCCAGAGAGGAGGCGGCCGGUGUGGACCAGUGGCUGGAGGUGUUCUGUGAGCGGGAGGACAAGUGGGUGUGUGUGGACUGUGUGCACGGGGUGGUGGGCCAGCCUCUGACCUGUUACCAGUAUGCCAGCAAGCCCGUGACCUACGUCGUGGGCAUCGACGGCGAUGGCUGGGUCCGCGACGUCACCCAGCGGUAUGACCCCGCCUGGCUGACAGCCACCCGCAGGUGCCGGGUCGACGCAGCCUGGUGGGCUGAGGCCCUGAGGCCCUACCGGAGCCCGCUGGCCGAGAGGGAGCAGAAGGAGGACAUGGAGUUUCAGGCCAAGCACCUGGACCAGCCUUUGCCCACCGUCAUUGGCACGUAUAAGAACCACCCUCUGUACGCCCUGAAGAGGCAUCUCCUGAAGUAUGAGGCCAUCUACCCCGAGACGGCUGCCAUCCUUGGGUACUGUCGCGGCGAAGCCGUCUACUCCAGGGACUGCGUGCACACCUUGCACUCCAGGGACACGUGGCUGAAACAGGCAAGAGUGGUGCGGCUUGGAGAGGUGCCUUACAAGAUGGUAAAGGGCUACUCUAACCGGGCCCGGAGAGCCCGCCUGGCGGAGCCGCAGCUGCAGGACCAGAAUGACCUGGGCCUAUUUGGCCGCUGGCAGACAGAGGAGUACCAGCCGCCCGUGGCUGUGGACGGGAAGGUGCCCCGGAACGAGUUUGGGAACGUGUACCUCUUCCUGCCCAGCAUGAUGCCUGUCGGCUGCAUCCAGCUCAACCUGCCCAACCUGCACCGCGUGGCCCGCAAGCUGGGCAUCGACUGCGCCCAGGCCGUCACGGGCUUCGACUUCCACAAAGGCUACUCCCACCCCAUAACUGAUGGCUACAUCGUCUGUGAGGAAUACAGAGACGUGCUGCUGACUGCCUGGGAGAACGAGCAGGCGCUCAUGGAGAAGAAGGAGAAGGAGAAAAGGGAGAAGCGGGCGCUGGGGAACUGGAAGCUGCUGGUCAGAGGGCUGCUCAUCAGGGAGCGGCUGCGGCUUCGCUACGGGGCCCAGGUCAGUGUGGUCCUCGAGGGGAGGACAGGCCGGUUCUGCCCAGAUGUCGAGUCACAGCUGUUUGGACGCCCCAUACCUGAGUCUUUUCUGUGUGGGGACCGGUAUUCCUGGAGGCCCAGCCCCGCGCCGUCCACACGAGAGGGGCUGCUGCGGGUCAGGUCUGGUGCUGAGUGCCCGCUGGCGGGACAGCUGCCCUGCUCUCCCGGCCUCGUGCUCCCAGUGCGGUGACCACCCCCAGGCCCGCACGUGCUCUCUCCCAGCACCCACGGCCCCAGACACAGCGGUGUGGUCGGUCGUGGGGCAGAGACGCAGGGACGUGCUCUGGGAGCAGCCCCCUCCCCACCUCACGGCCACCUCCUGGCCUUGCAAAACCGGCUGUGUUUUGCUGCCCCUGCAGGGCCCCCUGGUAGCCCCUCACCUGGCUUUAUGUUCCCACCGGCUCCUCCCCCCACAGUGCUUUCUUCCUUGGCCUCCCAGCCCCUCCCGGCCUCUGGGGGCUCCUCAGAGCGCCGGGCACUUUUGCUCAGAAACACAGUAAUAAACGCAAGGCGCAAGGGCAGUGGCCACCUGGACUGGCCGGAGCUCCUUGGGGCCGUUUCCUGCCUCACACUGUUGUGUCCGUCCCAGCACUGAGCCCACACAGGCGCCCCAGGACCUCUGGGGGAGCCCUGUCCUCCGGGUCAGGGUGCUGCUGACCCCCACUGUCCCCACCCCCCAGAGCGCGGCAGCGGCGCCCCACGCGGACGCGGGAGGUGGGCUCUCGUCAGACGAGGAGGAGGGGACCAGCUCUCAGGCGGAAGCAGCCAGGAUCCUGGCGGCCUCGUGGCCCCAGAACCGAGAGGCUGAGGAGGAGCGGAA